CUUUCAUCCUUCGCAUUUUGCAAGAAGGAACAUGGCGAGCACCGAAGAAUUUCCACUUCUAAUACUAUUAACUGUCGAAAUUCUUAAAAAUGGAUAUUAAAAUCUGGCAAAACGAAAGACAUGAAAGCCGUUUCAGGAAAGCUAAAAUACCUAAGAACUUUACCUUCUUCAGUAUCGCGGUUUCAUUCUCUUACUCCUCUUGCCUCCCAUGCUCAACCCAAAAACUCGUCAUCAUCAACUCUGCUAGGUGAAUUCGUAAACUUCUGUUACCAAAGGGACCUUCCCAGGGCUAUGAAAGCCAUGGCUGUCAUGGAAAGGCACGGAGUUUAUGCCGAUUCUCUCACCUACUCUGAGUUGAUUAAGUGCUGCUUAGCUCGCAACGCUGUUGAGCAAGGCAAACUCGUUCACAAGCACGUUUUCUCAAAUGGGCAUCAACCAAAAACGUUUCUUGUUAACAUUCUCAUCAAUAUGUAUGUAAAGUUCAGCUUAUUAGAACAAGCGCGGGCUUUGUUUGACCAAAUGCCUGAGAGAAAUGUUGUUUCUUGGACGACUAUGAUAUCUGCCUAUGCUAAUGCCAAGUUAAGUGUCAGGGCCUUGGAGUUUCUUGUUUUAAUGCUUAGAGAAGGCGUAUUGCCUAAUAUGUAUACUUUUUCUUCGGUUUUGAGAGCAUGUGAUGGGCUAGUCAAUCUUAGGCAGCUUCAUUGUGGCAUAAUUAAGGUGGGGUUAGAAUCUGAUGUUUUUGUUAGGAGUGCUCUUAUUGAUGUUUAUUCAAAAUUGGAUAAGUUAAAAGAUGCAGUUUGCGUUUUUAAUGAAAUGGAAACUAGGGACUAUGUUGUUUGGAAUUCAAUUAUUGGAGGGUUGGCGCAGAAUAGUGAUGGUGAUGAAGCUUUGAAUCAGUUUAAGAUGAUGAAAAGAGCUGGCUUUUCAGCUGAUCAAUCGACGUUAACAAGUGUUUUAAGAGCUUGUACUGGGUUAGCUCUGCUAGAGGUAGGGAGGCAAGUCCAUGUACAUGUGUUAAAGUUUAAUGUAGAUUUGAUACUUAACAAUGCACUUUUGGAUAUGUAUUGUAAGUGUGGCAGUUUGGAGGAUGCUAAGUCUGUUUUCGAGCGGAUGGUAGAUAGAGAUGUGAUUUCAUGGAGUACUAUGAUAGCAGGGUUAGCUCAAAAUGGGUACAGCCGAGAGGCAUUAAAGUUCUUCGAUUUAAUGAAAGCUUCAGGUGUGAAACCAAAUUAUAUUACUAUCCUUGGGGUUCUGUUUGCUUGCAGCCAUGCCGGACUUGUGGAUGAUGGGUGGUAUUAUUUUCAAUCAAUGAAGAGACUUUAUGGUAUUGAUCCGGGAAGGGAACACUAUGGUUGCAUUAUUGAUCUUCUUGGAAGGGCUGGCAAGCUUGAUGAGGCAGUCAAGUUGAUUCACGAAAUGAAAUGUGAACCAGAUGCGGUGACAUGGAGAACUUUGCUUGGUGCAUGCAGGGUUCACCGUAAUGUGGAUCUAGCUAUAUAUGCUGCUAAACAAGUUCUAAAACUAGAUCCUGAAGAUUCAGGGACAUAUGUACUGUUGUCCAAUAUUUAUGCAAAUUCUCAGAGAUGGGAGGAUGUCUCUGAAAUCAGGAGGGCAAUGAGACACAGGGGCAUCGCAAAGGAGCCAGGCUGCAGUUGGAUUGAAGUGAACAAGCAAAUUCAUGCUUUUAUUUUAGGGGAUACGGCGCAUCCAAAAAUCAAUGAAAUCAACAGGGGGCUAAAUCAGUUAAUUCACAAAUUAAUGGGAAUAGGCUAUGUUCCAGAGACAGAUUUUGUCCUGCAAGAUCUUGAGGGGGAACAGAGAGACGACUCACUUCGCUAUCACAGUGAGAAGCUGGCAAUUGUAUUUGGUUUGAUGAGUUUGUCAACAGGAAGUGCUAUUAGGAUCAGGAAAAACCUUAGGAUCUGUGGAGACUGUCAUAACUUCGCAAAGCUUGUAGCAAAGAUGGAGUGUCGACUAAUCGUCAUCAGAGAUCCUAUUCGUUACCAUCAUUUUCAGAAUGGAGUAUGCUCCUGUGGUGACUAUUGGUAGCAAAUGAUGAUGUGGUUCACUGAUCCUUGCUAGUCAAUUUUAUAGAGUAAUGAGAUUGAAUUUCAUUCAAAUUACAAAUGAGGCAACAAGUUCCUUUGAAGCAAGACUCUUGGUCCAACUGUAAGACAGCUUUAGCGCAUGUAUACAGGCUUUCGAAAAUAAAAACUGAAAAAAAGAUGAGUGGGGAGACGAAGAGCAUCCAAAAGAAUGAAAUAUAUAGCUUGGCACUCUGUGACUUUGACGCAUAAAGUAGUAGCAUUC